AUGGAGGAAGCAGUAGGUUUGAACCUGGAAGGCGUAAAGAAGAAAAUUUGUCAUGGGGGUACUGGAGACAUGCCCAAAUUUAUCACUGGAUCGAAGGUGACAUUCCAUUUUCGGACUUUAAAAUGUGAUAGUGAUAGAACGGUUAUUGACGACAGCAAAAAAGUUGGAGUUCCAAUGGAAAUCAUUAUUGGCAACAUGUUCAAGCUGGAGGUAUGGGAGAUGCUGCUCACUUCAAUGAGGAUUGGAGAGGUGGCUGAAUUCUGGUGUGAUGUCACUCACACUGGUUUGUACCCACUUGUCUCAAAGAGCUUGCGGCGCAUUGCAGAAGGAAAGGACCCAACGGAUUGGCAUAUGCAUACAUGUGGGUUGGCGAAUAUGUUUGCUUACCAUACACUGGGCUAUGAAGACCUGGAUGAACUGCAAAAAGAACCACAACCUCUAAUAUUUGUUAUUGAACUAUUAAAGGUGGAAUCGCCCAGUAUGUAUAAACGAGAGACCUGGGCACUGAACAAUGAUGAGAAACUCAAAGCUGUACCAGUCCUACAUGGAGAAGGGAACAGGCUGUUCAAGUUGGGACGCUAUGAGGCUGCAAUCAACAAGUACAGGGAAGCUCUCAUCUGCCUGAAAAAUUUACAAACCAAGGAAAAGCCCUGGGAGGUGCCUUGGAUGAAGCUGGAAAAGAUGAUCAACACCUUGAUUCUGAAUUAUUGCCAGUGCCUGCUUCGCAUGGAGGAAUAUUAUGAAGUUUUGGAACACACAACGGACCUAAUCCAGCACCACCCAGGUUUGGUGAAGGCUUAUUUUCUUCGAGCUAAAGCUAAUGCCGAAGUGUGGAAUGAAGCAGAAGCAAAGAAGGAUUUUGAGAAAGUCAUAGAUCUGGAUCCAACACUAAGCCGUCAAGUAAAAAAAGAAAUAAGGAUGCUGGAGACAAGGAUGCAAGAGAAAGGAGAGGAAGAAAAACUCACGUAUAAGAACCUAUUUCCAUAGAGAUCCAAAAUCACAUCUGCACUGUAUGUUAUACUGGCAUCCAUAACUGGUGUUGUCACACCAGCCUCAAUCAAAAUCACUGCAAACAAUGCUUACUGAUCGAUCAUAUAAAACGUUUCCUAUUUGUUCCAAUUUACUAAUAAUUUCCUUUAUUGAUACCUCAUAUGGUCGCUAUUAUUUUAGUAGAUAUGUGAUAAAGUCGAUUAAAAGAUGUAAUACUUUCUGACCUCUGCUGUACAUGUUGGGACACUUGGAGGCAUGUGAUCAGGGAUAAUGCCACUCACAAGCACUCCAGGGGCCCUAACCGCACCCCUGUGCUGAGAUCAAAGGAGCCUUUCAGUUGCUAUGGCAGCUUCAGGCC